AUUUCUUAUGUGAAAUUCUCACAAAAUCGUGCUCUUCUAAAUUAAAGUUAUACACCUAACGUUGCAGCCAAAACUAACCGAAAAAUAUACUGUGGACUGCACGGCCCUGGUUGCAAUCAUAUGUUUUUGCCCAACCAGCUGUGUGGGGAGCACGACGACUGCCAUCUCUUUCUACGAAACGCGAAUGCGUCAAAUUUUAUACAUUUUUAUAAAUUAAAACAAAUUGCAAAAUGCUGGCGAAACGAAUGCAGCUGUGGCGCGCCUCCCAAGCGAUGCUGGCGAUCAAUGGCACGGCCAACAGGUCAAGCACACAGAUGUUUCCCACUGUCAGCAGUCGGGAUAUGCAUAUGGCAAGUAGCUGGAGUCGCUUAGCAGCGCCACCUGCGUCUACAUUGCUGCCACUCUAUGGAUCCAUGGCGGCAUCUCCAGUUACAAUGCGCUUCGCCAGCUCCAGUUCCAGCACAGAUGCCAUGCCUGUGGUCUCAACCAAGGAGCUUGUUGAUCUGCCCGCCAUUCCUGAAGCCCCAGUGGCACCAGUCGUCGAGCCACAAACGCUGAUGGAGACAAUAACGGUGGCUGGUGAGCCACCAUUCGCUUCGAUCGGCUUGGGCGGCUAUUCGCCGGUGGGUAUUGUGCAGAACUGCAUGGAGUUCCUACACUGCACAUGGGAUAUACCCUGGUGGGGCACCAUUGCCAUUGGCACACUUGUGGUGCGCACCAUCAUCUUCCCUCUGGUGAUUCUCGCGCAACGCAACUCCGCGAAGAUGAGCAACAACAUGCCACAGAUGCAGGUGCUGCAGCUGAAGAUGACGGAGGCCCGUCAGUCGGGAAAUGCCAUUGAAUCCGCACGCUACGCACAGGAAAUGAUGCUGUUUAUGCGCGAGAAAGGCGUUAAUCCUCUCAAGAAUAUGAUUGUACCACUGGCACAAGCACCGCUCUUCAUCUCCUUCUUCAUGGGACUGCGUCAGAUGGCCAACGCACCCGUGGAGUCGAUGCGUGAUGGCGGAUUAUUCUGGUUCACGGAUCUAACGCUGGCGGAUCCCUUGUAUCUGCUUCCCGUCAUCACCAGCGCCACGUUGUAUCUGACCAUUGAACUGGGCACGGAUAGUGCGCGACUGUCGGCUGCCAAUAUGAACACCAUGAAGUAUGUGCUGCGUGCUCUGCCCUUGGUCAUCUUUCCCUUCACCAUGAAUUUCCCCGCCGCCAUUCUCACGUAUUGGGCCUGCAGUAAUUUCAUUUCACUGGGUCAGGUGGCUUUGCUGCGGAUUCCCUCUGUGCGGGAUUACUUCAAGAUCGACAAGAUGAUCACGCAUGCCCCUGGCUCCUUGCCCGCCAAGAAGAAGAAGGGUUUCGUCGGCGGCAUGAAGGAAUCCUGGGACAACAUGAAGAUCACCAAGGAGAUCGAGGAGCGACAGCGCCUGGAUGAGAUACGCUUCGCCAAGGCGGGCAAGGGACCGCUAGUCAAGACGUACAAAUACGAUCCUACCCAACAGCAGCGGAUAACCAACAGCAGUGUAAAGCAACCAUCCUCCAAGCAGCAGCAAUAGCUUCACUUGUUAAACUUCAAAACCGUGUUACCAUAGUCUUUAGUUCCACCCAAGAUUGCAGACGUAUGCUAAAAUAAACUAUACAUAUUUACUAUUAACAAA